ACCUUCUUUCUGCGACGAUUUCGUUAUGUUUGCAAUAAAAACAAACCAGCAACAAUAAAAUAAAAUAUGAUAACAAUUGUUGAUGUUUUCCUCUGCUUUGAGCAGUAUUCUGAGUUAUAAAACGAUACCUCAUUCUCAAUGAGUAAUUAUAUUGCUCUUCUUACGCUCUCUUACUCCAAACACGCACAGUUGCCGAUUGUCGUCAACACACCAACAACACCAAAAGCAACAUAUGUUUGUUGACUAUCAACAACAACGACGACGACGACGAUGAAAAAUAACAGAUUAACGGUGAACACACAAGAGUUAGGGAGAGAGAGCGAGAGCAGCAUUUCCUUGUUGUCACUCUGAUUUGCAUAACGGAGCCUUAAGCUCCUCUCCGUGGUAUACUGACCGUGUGUGUGUGUGUGGGUAGGAUACUCCGUGUGCGGAAGGUAUGGAGUUGCUGUUGUUGAUGAGUACAUGGGAUUUUCCGUUUUACGCACUUCGUGCACACACGCAUGGAUGCAUGUGUGUGUGUUUGUGUUUUAAGUUGUUAUCCUAAUAGGAAACUGAAUGUGUGCUUUUGUUGUUGUUACUGUUUGUGUAUUGUACGUACUCACUAUAUUUUUAUAAACAAAAAAAAAACACACAUAUUGGUAUGUUGUCGUUUUUUUAUUCUCUCUCACUCUCGUCCCAUUCCAUGGUAUAACGGUAGGUAGUACAACGACAACAAUAUUCUUUGGUGUUCGUUCGUCACACAAAUCUCUGCCUUUGGGACUGAGGCACAACCGAGCGACUGACAACAACAACACUAACACCAUUGCUCUUCGUUAUACCACACGGUUGUUCUUCGUCGUGGACGUCGUCGUCGUCGUUAGCCGUCGUUAGCCGCCGUUGCCGUGUUGUGUUCUUCUUUCCGUCUUCUGUUGUUGUUCUGUGUGUGCGGCGGGGUUCUUCUUCGCUGCCGUUUGAGUUAAUUUUAUAAAAAUUUUCGUAACAUAACAAUACGGUUUCAUUCGAGUACGGAACUCUUUUCGAGACGUGACGCGCAAAAUUUCACCAAAAAAAAAGAAAGAACGCAGUGAAAGAAAAAAAUUAUUAUUAAAAAUAAAUAAAAAAAAAACAAACAUACACACACCAAUACAUUUAAAUCUAUACACUCUCAUUCAUAAUAACAAUAAUAAUAAUAAUCGUAGUGUAUACGCACCCAUUGGAGAGCGCAUUGAGAUUUGGCUGCCUCCUCCGUGGCCAAUGAAGAAUGAAGAAGAAUGCCAGCCGUGUGUCUUCUUUUUUAUGUUGUCUCGUAAUUUUCGGGUGUCUGUGAUUCUUUAGAAGAGGAGCGCGUGCAGUUUUAAAAAUAUCCAUGCCAUCCGUCGUCGUCGUCGUUGUCGUCCGUACACUCGAGCACGGUAAACAGAGCGCUAGACAAGAGGAAAAUUCUGAAAAUACAAAAAUAAAUAUAAAUAAAAUUUUCUAAAUUUGUAAAGAACAAAAAAUAUAUAUUUUUUAUAAAUCAAACCAAUCCAUUCGCCUGUCUGCCGAUCUCUAUAAAAAUAAAAAAAAAACAUCUGAAGUUUGAUCAGACAAUUGGGCCCGCAUUAUCACAUGAUGGCCAGAUGAGGUCUGGGGUAGCCCUAGUCCCAUGAUACCAUCUGCAAACAUCAGAUCCACAACAGCCCGUAAUGUUUGUUUGGACUAAAAAUACAGCAACAACAACAACUACUACCCAUAUAUAAUUUAAAAAUAAUUAUUGCUUAUUUUUAAAACUCACACAGAAAAAAAAACAGCAACAACCCGAAAAUAAAAAUAAAAUUAAUUUUAUCAAAGCCAAAAAUAAAUCCAAACAAAACAGAAAUAAAAAUUAAAAAUAAAAGAAAAAAAAUUGUGUUAUGAAUUUUUGUUGCCGUAUAAAAAUAACAGAUUUUUUUUUGUUCAUAAACAAAAAAGCAAACAAACAAACGAACAAAAAAAUAAAUAAAUAAAUAUUUCAAACAAACAAAUAUGAAAACAAGAGAUAUGAUAUAAUAAUAAAAUAAAACAUGAUUUUUUUCAUACGAUAAUAAAAAAAUAAAUAAAUAUUAAAUAAUUUCAAAGAAAUAAUUUCAAGAAGUGAUGACUUAAAAACAGUUAUUUUUUCCUCGAGUUUCUCAAAGAAACUUUGUUAAAUUUUAUUUAUUUUGUUUUCGAAAACAAAAAGAUAUAUAUCCAAAGCAUUUAUUAUAAAUAUACAAAACCAACUGUUGUUUGUGCAUAAAACAUAUCAUAAAUUAUUUAAAGAAAAAAAAAAAAUAAAUAAAUACGCCAAUUCCACUGGAUUAUUAGAAGAAAGAAAACAUUCUUCCAAAUAUCAAUUGGAAAUAAAAUAUUAUUAAACAACUAACUUUUUAUAAACACCUGUUGACAAUUAAAGAAAACGUAAAGGAAACUUUUCUGUUUUUUUUUUUUUUUUUUGGAAAUAUUGAACGCUUAAGAAGAACACAUACAACUUAUACCGUCCACAAACAAAUUUUAUAGGAAAAACCCACGAAACAGAAGAAUAAGUACCAGAAGCAACAUAGCACAAAAACCUCAGCUCCUGAAGACAUAAAGAAUUAUGUAAAUAAUUGCUUCUCAGAACAUUGCCACCAGUCAACCAGUCCAUUAAAUGAUGCCGCAGAGAGAUUUAAAUUUUUCCAAGCAAAUAACUUUGACAUAGCACAGUAGCAACAGCAUCAACGGAAUUAAAUCUUCUAUUUUUUUUUUUUUUUGGGAGAAAGAACAAGAAGAAGCAUAGGAAUUUUUGGAAAAAAUUGCAAAACUUGUUUUUAUUUUGUGGAGAAGAAAAAGAAGAACAAAAAAGACAUUAACCUUGUGUUCUGGCAAUAAGGUCCAAUCAGGCCCCAGACACAAUACCCACUCAAGAAGCUUUAAACUACUAUCUACUUUCUUUCGCAACAUCAUCACACAUUAUUUGUGUGUGUGUGGGUGUGCGUCCGUGUGAAGAAUAUUAUUCCAGUAGCAAAAGAAGGAUAAUAGAAAAAAACUCUAGAGACUGGGUUUUUUAAGAAAAAGAACAAAUACUCACCUUCCAGAAAUUUAAUAAGGAACAAAAACGGUUACCACGGACUUUUAAGGAUUUUUUCUUAACAACAAAAACAACAACAGCAGUAACAAUGGGCAGAAAGAAAAUUCAAAUAUCACGUAUAACGGAUGAAAGGAACCGGCAGGUUACCUUUAACAAACGCAAAUUUGGCGUUAUGAAAAAAGCCUACGAACUGUCGGUGUUAUGUGACUGCGAAAUAGCAUUGAUCAUCUUCUCAUCGAGCAAUAAACUUUAUCAAUAUGCCAGCACAGAUAUGGACAAAGUCCUACUCAAAUACACAGAAUACAAUGAACCGCAUGAAUCUUUAACCAACAAAAAUAUCAUAGAGAUUCUCUCUUCUCCAUUUCAGAAGGAGAACAAGAACGGUGUCAUGUCACCCGAUUCCCCCGAACAGGAAGCCGAUUACACUCUGACGCCGCGUACCGAAGCCAAAUACAAUAAAAUCGACGAAGACUUUCAGCUGCUGAUGCAUCGCACCCAAAUGGCGGGCGGUGCGGCGUCGGGCCGGAAUAUGACCAAUGCGAAUUAUACGCUGCCCGUCUCAGUGCCAGUGGCCGGUGCCUAUGGUGAUAAUAUGCUGCAGACGAGUCCACAAAUGUCCCACACAAAUAUCAGCCCACGACCAUCGAGUUCGGAAACGGAUUCAGGUGGGAUGUCAUUGAUAAUAUAUCCAUCUGGUUCUAUGUUGGAGAUGUCUAAUGGUUAUCCUCAUUCACAUUCGCCGCUUGUUGGUUCUCCCAGUCCGGGGCCAAGUCCUGGUAUAGCUCACCAAUUAACACACAAACAACAAUCACCCGGCAGUCAAAAUGGCAGAGCUUCCAAUUUGCGAGUUGUUAUACCGGCGCCCACAAUUGCUCAAAAUAUGUCCAGUGCUGCCGAUGAGCUAAAUUACAAUGAUCGUCACAAUCAGUCAUCUUUAAAUACUCCCGUUAUGACAUUACAGACACCCAUAUCUGCGUUACAGGCAUAUCCAUUUGUACCGCAAGACUUUUCCAUGACCCCCUCCGAUGUGAUGAGCCUGCCCACCUGGAGUACACAUCAGAGUCUGGUACACCAGACGGGACUCUCCCAUUUAAGUGUUUCCAAUAGUACACCUCCACCCGCCACAUCACCCGUCAGCAUCAAAGUCAAAUCCGAGCCUCAAUCUCCUCCACGUGAUCUCUCCGGUGGCCAUCAGCACAGUAAUGGCUCUUCAAAUGCCACCAAUGGUGGUGGUGGUGGUGGCGGGGGUAAUGGCGGCCCUGGCGGUUCUUCUAGUCACUCCAAUGUAAAUGCCAAUAAUUUGAAUAAUUCGUUAUCGAUUAACACCGGCGGUCUGAGUGUCAACAGUGGAGUGGGUGUUAUAGCUGGUUCUAGUCCUUUAGGUGCCGGUAGUGGCGGCGGAGGAGGUGGUGGUGUCGGAGGCAGUGGUGGUGCUUCAAAUUCUUCCUCAACGUCCAAUGGCUCGGCAAAUGAUCAGGCAACAAAUUUAAGCGUUUUAAAUCAUAGCCAACAACAGCAUUUGGUCAUGGCUGGUUCAAGACCAUCGUCGACGGGUCAUUUAACACCGACACCGGGCCUAGAUAAAUACGAAGGUUAUGCAUAUCGGUCACAACUGGGUCAGAAUUCUAGACUAUGGAAUUUUGGUUCUGUGACGCCGAGCAGUAUACCAUCGCCGGAUAUGCGCCAGCAACAGCAGCAGCAGCAGCAACAACAACACCAGCAACAGCAACAACAACAGCAACAGCAUUUGAAUGAUUACGAUGGACCAAAUCAGGCGCAUAAGCGGCCCAGAAUAUCAGGUGGUUGGACAACAUAGCCAAAUGAAAAUAGUAGUAAUAAUAGUAACAACAACAACAACAAUAAUAUUAAUAAUAAAACAUUAGUAGACAAUUAUCAGCAACAACAACAUCAUCACCAUCAGCAGCAGCAGCAACAACAACAACAAUUUAAUACUACUACUACCAACAACAACAUCACAAAUCAGCGACAUGCAGCGCCACAAUUUAGUCAAUAUCCACAGCAAUCAUUGUCAUCCCAUCAUCACCAACAGCAACAUGACAUGUACAACACCUAUUUAAGUAUUGCUGCUGCUGCCACAACCUCUGGCCAGGAUCAGGCAGGCAGUUGUCACAACACCAUUGCCAUGGCUCGACAUCAUGCAAAACAAUUAAUGCAAAACCACCUGAAUAGUUUAAAUAACAAUAGCAACAACAACAACAGCAACAAUAAUAACAAUAAUGCCCACCAAAUGAUGCAACAACAACAACAACAUUCGCACAGUCAAUCUCUCAAGUCAAGGGGGGAAAGUGAAAACAAGAAUAACAAUUUACAAGUCUUAAGUACAACAACAACACCUUCAACAUCGCCACAGCCUCAGACCCCGGCACGACCCCCAGUAGCAGCAUCAUCCUCUCCCAGAGGAGGUCUCACAACAAUGGCUAGCCCCCACCAGCACCACCACCAUAGCAACAACAACUCAAUGGGUAUGGAUAAUGUUGUAAUGUUUCAGCAGCAAUUAAAACAAUUCUAAGAACGAACAAUAAUCGUUGCAAUGCCAACACAAACACACACACAUACAUACACAGAUAUAUUUUAAUUGUACAGUAUACAUACCUAUGGAUUUAUGUGUAGCAAAUGUACAUUACAACAACAAUUAAAUGAAAUAGUUAUAGUAAUAAUAAUAACAACAACAACAAGAACUACAGCAAAUAUACUCAUACACACACACAUACAAAUAAAUAUUGCAAGUCAAGUUUACA